GUCUGCUGCCUUGUGAAAGGAAUCAUCCGUGGUAUUUUUGGUUGAAAAGAUACCCAAAUGUCUCCAAAAUAAAUACAGAGAUCUUUGAAAACGAGUCAAAUUUGAUCCAAUGACAACAGCAGGCUUGAACAGGGUUUCUAUUCCAGUAUAUAAUGUUCUCUGUGUGUGUAACAUCUCCGACGCAGAAUCUUCCGAGCAGCACUUGAAGGCAGCGCUGCAGAGAAGACAGCAGAAGGGGAGAUGUAGCUGUGGAGUUUGCGUCAGUCUGAUCUGAGAUCUGCGAGCCAUGGAGGGCGGAGGAGGACUGUCGGACGAGGCCGCGGCUGCUGCCUGCAAACAGGGAGACCCCAUCACCACGGACUACAUGCUGCAGCAGACGAAUCUGCGGGUCAAAGAUCCCGCCAGAUCUCUGGACUUCUACACCCGAGUCCUGGGCAUGACCCUGCUCCAGAAAAUCGACUUCCCCUCGAUGCGUUUCACCCUCUACUUCCUGGGCUUCGAGAAGAAGUCGGACAUCCCGGCCGACAUCAAAGAGCGAACGGCGUGGACCUUCUCUCGCCACGCCACCAUAGAGCUCACACAUAACUGGGGCUCAGAGUCCGAUCAAAGUCUGGCGUACCACAACGGGAACACCAUGCCCAAAGGAUUUGGGCAUAUCGGCAUCUCUGUUCCUGAUGUUCAGGCCGCCUGCAGAGUGUUUGAAGAGCAAGGAGCCACGUUCCUCAAGAAACCCCAAUCUGGUAAAAUUAAGGGUCUGGCCUUCAUCCAGGACCCUGAUGGAUACUGGAUUGAGAUCCUAAACUCUAACAAAAUGGUCUCACUAAUGUCCCCUCCAGUCACAGACACACCGGGGGGGAAUAUCCAGACCACCGCGGUCGGAGAACCACAGAAGAAGACUGAAACUUUAAAUGACAAACCCGUUAUUGUCAAAAACUCAGUUUGAACGUUGCAAAGCCCCCGUUAGACAUUUAGGG